AUGUCCUCACGACGACCACCCCUCGCCAAUGUCCCCAAUGCCGCCAAUUCGCCUCAUCGAAGCAGCAACUCGGCUGCAGUAAAGCGUGCUCGUCCCGGAUCCGAGAUGGGAUCUCGGAUUGACAUGCUGUUCGGUCAGCCUCCUGCCAAAAAGCAAUUCGUGGACCGAGAAGAUCAUCAUGCUGCUGGUGCCGGUCCCGGUUCCCCUUUGAAAGCACGGACGAUGGUUGCUCCACAGAUGAGUGUUGAAUCGAGGAUGUUCUCACGCAAGAGUAACGCUUCACAAUUGACUCCGUUUGAGAAGAAGUUGAUGGCAGUAAGAGAGCAGAAAGAUUCGAGUGCGGUUCAGGCAUCGAGAAAUGCAAGAUAUGACAAGGCCUCUGCCGAGAAGUUGGAUAAUAUUCGGCAAUGGCAGAAGCACUACCGCAAGGCAUUUCCCAGCUUCGUGUUCUACUUUGAUAGUUUGCCGGCGGAUAUUCGUAACCGAAGCCUGAGGGAAGUGCUUGCAUUGGGCGCGCGCGAGGAGAGAUUCUUUUCUCGUACAGUCACCCACGUUGUCACCUCUCGUCCCAUCCCAGAGGUCGAUAUUCCUAGUCCGACUGAAGCACCCCAGCAUGAGCAGACUUCGAAUGACGGCCCCCUUGUUCAGCAUGUCAAUCCGGUUCUUCUAGAAAGAAACGAUAAUCGAAGGGACCAUGGCAACAAUACUGAUGUACUAUAUCGUGCCCGUCAAAUGGGCAUGAAGAUUUGGGCCAUUGAAAAAUUACAGCGGAUGCUCACAGCCAUUCACGAACCAGACACUUCAGCGGCAUAUGCCGGAGGUCGUGCUGGCUCUGUAUCCGCCAAGGGCCGUGGAGAAACUGAGCUAUCUCAGGUGCUUCGGAAUGAACGUUUGCAUGGACCGGCUGAUCGAGAUCCAUCUCAAUUGAUGAAGGAUUUGGUUUUCUUUCGUGGCCCUUUUAUCUAUGUUCACGAUAUGGACGAAAAGACUCGCCCUGUUAUGGUGAGAGAGUAUCCCAAGGUUGCAGUCAAAGAGGAUGGUCUUUGGCCACAGUUUCGCAGUGCUCCUAUAGGCAAGUGUCCUUUCGUUGAAGAGCCACCAACGAAGAAAGAACUCGCUCGUAUGAAGGAGGAGAAAAAGAGACAGCGACAGGAGAAGCCUGUAGUCAGAGAAGAAGUGAAAGAUGAAAACGCACCCCGGGCACAGAACCAGGUGCUGCCCACCAAGCCAGAGAAGGAAGAUGCACCAGUUCAGGUAAGGCUGGAAGAGGACGAUGAUGUCGCUAUGCUAGGACCGGCAGAUAACCUCAAACCGUUAUCUGUUCGACCUGCACCUCCUCGAGUCAAGUCGGAGAAUCAACCAAUUAAAGCCACCGGAAAGAUUACAGCCUGGCCUAUGCUCCGCGAACCGGCCGCCUCUGGCAUGCAGCCCUCGAACAUCACAUCAGCUAUUCGGUCACAAAUGGUUUCGUCGACAGCUGCCGCACCUGGUGCAAAGGCAGGAUUGAGUAAAGAGGUACACGAACUGAAACGGAAGGUAUUGGAGAGGAGCAACGGAAGCAUGACAACCAGCGCCAAUCCGUCUUCCCACAGACCCAUGGAGCCACCAAUCAAUACGAGACCUGCUUCUGCCUCUGCCGGGACGAAGCGUCCCAGAGAGCAGAUGUGUCAUCAUGAAGAAGACACCACGCAAUCGGAGGAUAAUGGAAGCAACAAUGUGACACAAAACACGGACCGUCAAGGGGCUCUACAGAAGAAAGCCGUCAAAGAGAAGCAACGUGACCCAAAACCGGGAUACUGUGAGAAUUGCCGGGACAAGUUCGACGAUUUUGAUGAGCAUACAAUGACCCGAAAGCAUCGCAAGUUUGCAAUGACGCUGUCCAAUUGGACUGAACUAGAUGCUUUGCUCUCAAAGCUUGAGCGUCCUUUGAAACCGGGAUACUAA